AUGAACUUUGUGGGUGUUGGUGUGUUUUUGGGGUGUCUGAUGUUAGUCUAACCUGUGUGUAAGGUGAUUGAGAGACUGAUUGUAACCCCUUGUAGCCAAACCCAAGAGUUAAGUGUGGUUGAGUGAGUCGGUUUUGUGACAAUUGGUUGGCAGCGGUGGCAUAAUUUAAUUUUUUAUUAGAGCAUUAGUGCUUGGAUUAAGUGUUUAACCCUUGCACUAAAGGACUGUACAUCCUUGCGAGGAAUAUACAGUCUUCAAGGACAAACGCAGUGCAUAGUCUAGAAAAGACACACUUGCAAACAGUAGUGCCCUUCCCUUCUUUUUUCUUUCCUAUCUUUUAUUUGGCAAUUGACCUCUGAGAUGGCAUCCUACAAGAGGCAGAGCAAGGAACAGCUGUCCAGACUCUGUGAGGAGAGAGGGAUUGCAGUAGCAAAUCAGACCAAGGAAUGGCUUAUUGCAUCCCUGGUUGAAAGUGACCAAGAGUCCAGCACUGGGCAGGUGGGCCAAACCAUGGACAUUGCUAUUGGCCAGUACCACUCUGAUGAGAGUGGCAGCAACAGUUCGCAGAGUGGUACAGGAUCUUCUCUGCAACUGGUUUUGCAGCAGCUGGGCUCAUCGGACCCUAACUUACGGCUACAACUUAUACUGCAAUACCAGCAGGCCGAGGCUGCAGCAGCAGAACGCCAGGCCUCAGCAGAGAGGGAGGCAGCUGAGCGCCAAGCCGAGAGGGAAGCAGCAGCAGCAGCAGCAGCAGAGAGGGAGGCAGCUGAGCGCCAAGCCGAGAGGGAAGCAGCAGCAGCAGCAGCAGAGAGGGAGGCAGCUGAGCGCCAAGCAGAACGACAAUUCCAGCUGGAGAUGGCACGGCUCCAAAAAGGUACUGCCCCACCUCACAGCAGUGACUCCCGGGAGGCCAAUGUCUUCAAACCCCGUCUGGAGAAUUUUCCCGUGAUGGAGAAGGAUGGGGAUCUGGACACUUUUCUGAGGGGGUUUGAAAAAACCUGCAGGCAAUUUCAUUUACCCCGUGAGCAGUGGGCAAGUUUCCUGACCCCAGGGCUUAAGGGCAAAGCUCUGGAAGUUUUUGCGGACCUUCCACUAGAAUAUGAUGGGGACUAUGAUGAAAUAAAAAAAGCUUUAAUUAGGCACUUUAACCUCACCCCAGAGGUACACCGCAAGAAAUUCAGGAGUCUACAGCGUGGGGCGCACGACAGCUACACUGAUGUGGUUGGGAGGCUGAGAAUCACCUUCCAUCAGUGGGUGCAGGGUCGCAGUGUCUCAACAUUUACAGAAUUGGAGGACCUGAUGAUACUGGACCAGUUCCUGUGUAUCUGUCCAGUGGAAGUCCAGCAGUUUGUCCUUGACCGUGAGCCCAAAACUGCUGAUCAGGCAGCACAAAUUGCAGAUGCAUAUACUGCAAACCGGAUGCCAGUAUCCAGGAAGCCUAUUCCAAACCCAGGGUCCCAUAGCUGGAAAGGAGGAAAGCCAGGAGGAAGCCCCUCCUUCCCUUCUUACAAACCGGGGGGAUCUGCAGCUGCUCCUGCAAGUAGCCCAGGGGUAAGGCCGGGACAGGUGGAUGCACGCCGCUGUUUUAUAUGUAAUAAGGUGGGCCACCUUAGUCAUGUCUGCCCUGACAAAAGGAAACCUACACCACCUGGAAAACCCCCUGGCCCAUCUCCUUCUGUUUUGUUUGUUGCUGGGACAGAGGGGAGCCACAAGGACAAUCUGCAGCCGGUUACCGUGGGCACUCAGGUAACUGUGGGACUCAGAGACACAGGAGCAGAGGUGACUUUAGUGCGCCCAGAGCUAGUAAACUGUGAGGAUAUUAUUCCCGGGAAGACCAUGGCUGUCACAGGAUUUGGGGGAGUCCAUCCUGCAGUGCCCAUGGCACGGGUUUACCUGGAUUGGGGAGCAGGGAGGGGGUUGCGGGAGGUAGGGGUGUCGGAAACCAUCCCUACUAAUGUGUUACUGGGUACUGACUUGGGCAGGUUGGUGUCACAGUAUGUGCCCGCAGGGGACCCUCUGGAGCCAGCAGAGCCCUACGUGAAUCCUGCUCAUCUACAGGUAUCUGAUAAUGAUGUUGAUUGUGAUGGGGGCUGGGAGGGAAAUCAGGAUGUGUUUGCAUGCAAUUCUGUAUUAGAGCCAGCUGAAUCCCCAUGCAUAGACCUGGGGGGAGGGGAAGUGUAUAUCCCAUCUCUAUCUCGGGGGGAGAACAAUUUCACAGGGAGUGUAGGGGGAUUCCCAGUAGCAAGCCACUGUGAUGUGGGAGGGGGGAACCUCCCUUGUGUUGCAGCAGUAACCCGGCAGCAGUCUGUAAGGGCAAGCCAGUAUCAGACUGGGGGUACAGGGCUGGAGGGUCUGUCACUGAGUGGGGAGGAGGGCCCCUCUGAAGGAAGUCCCCUGCCUGUAGCGUUGCUGUGUCCUGACCCAGAGGACAGGGGGGUUCCAGCUUCUGGGGCCCUGCUCACACUCACACCAGAUCCCAGGUUUGAGGCAAGCGGUCGGGAAUUUGAGGCAGCCCUCCUGACCGAUGCCAGCCUCGAAAAGAUGAGAGGCCUUGCAGCCCAACCCCCUGCUGAGACUGAUAAAGAAAGAAUAUACUGGCAUGAAAAUAGGUUGUACAGGGAAUCCAUGCCUACAACUACACCAGAGAAGUGGGUAAGUGACAGGCAACUAGUGGUGCCUUUGCAAUUUAGGGAACAGCUUCUAAGAAUAGCUCAUGAAAUCCCCCUAGCUGGGCAUUUAGGGGUACAGAAAACCAAGGCCCGUUUAGUACAUAAUUUCUAUUGGCCUAACAUGGGUACAGACAUUGCCAAUUACUGUCGUUCGUGCCACACUUGUCAGCGAGUGGGGAAAAAUGGAGACAUGGGAAGGGCCCCAUUAGUUCCGUUACCAGUUAUUGAUGAACCCUUCCAAAGGGUAGCUGUGGACCUCAUAGGGCCCUUAGCUAUACCCAGCAGUUCAGGGAAACGGUUUAUUCUCACUGUGGUAGACUAUGCUACCCGGUACCCAGAAGCAGUAGCCCUAUCCUCCAUCCGGGCAGACAAGGUUGCUGAUGCCCUCUUAAGCAUAUUUUCAAGAGUGGGGUUUCCCAAAGAAAUGCUCACUGAUCAGGGGACUCAAUUCAUGUCUAACCUGAUGCAGUGCCUGUGUAAGAAAAUACAGGUGAACCACCUAAUUGCCAGCCCAUACCACCCCCAGACUAACGGCCUGUGUGAACGUUUUAAUGGCACCCUAAAGCAUAUGCUAAAGACCUUUGUAGAAUCCCAAGGGAAGGACUGGGAGCGUUAUCUCCCACACCUCCUAUUUGCCUACAGAGAGGUACCACAGGCAUCCACUGGCUUUUCCCCAUUUGAACUGUUAUAUGGGCGGAGGGUACGUGGCCCCUUAGAUCUGGUAAGGGAGGCAUGGGAAGGCAAGCUAGAUACUCCUGAGGUGUCAGUAGUUGAAUAUGUAAUAAGAUUCCGGGAAAAGAUGGAGGCAUUGACGGGAUUGGCACAUAACAAUGUAACCCAGGCACAGGCCUACCAGAAACAAUGGUAUGAUCGCCAUGCCAGAGAAAGGGUUUAUGAAGCAGGACAGAAGGUGUGGGUCCUGGUGCCAAUGCGUCAGAAUAAGCUACAGGCUGCCUGGGAAGGCCCAUACACUAUUCUGGAACGGGCUAAUGAUGUGAAUUACGUAAUUGCCCUAGAUGAAGAUGGGAAAAGAAAAAAGGUCUAUCAUGUAAACAUGAUCAAGGCCCAUUAUGAGCGGGAGGUCUCUGUAAUGCCAGUUUGUGGUAUGGCUGAGGAAUCAGGUUCUGAUCCUUUACUAGAUUUAGUUGCGAUGGCCCAGGGAACAGAGGGCAUAGGAGGGUCACAGGUCAGCAGCAUGCUCACCGUUAACCAAAGAACUCAGGUGAUGGGGUUACUUAACUCUUAUGUUAGUACGUUCUCCGGAAAACCUGGCAGAACCUCACUAGCCAUACACCAUGUAGACACCGGGGAUAAUCGCCCUAUCAGGCAGAUGGCCUACCGGGUAUCCCUGGAAGUAAAGGAGAACCUGCAGCGGGAAAUAGAGGAGAUGAUAGGGCUUGGUGUAAUUGUGCCAUCCCACAGCCCAUGGGCUUCCCCUGUAGUUCUAGUUCCAAAGAAGGAUGGUACUACUAGGUUUUGUGUGGACUACAGGAAACUGUUACCCAGGGAAGUGGCCUAUGCCACUGUAGAGAAGGAAUGUUUAGCUGUAGUUUGGGCCUUGCAGAAAUUACAACCCUAUCUCUAUGGGCGCAAUUUCACGGUUAUCACAGACCACAAUCCACUAAGCUGGUUAAACAAAGUAGCUGGGGAUAAUGGGAAACUCCUCAGAUGGAGUUUAAUCCUUCAGCAAUAUGACUUCACUAUACAGCACAAAAAGGGCAGUGAGCAUGGGAAUGCAGAUGGUCUUUCCAGACAGGGAGACUGUGCUGAGCUAGUGGGCACAGGGGAAGGCCGAUAGGCCAUCCUCUGUACCCAUUCCUGAGGGGGGAGGUGUCAUGCCAGGGCCACCUUGCACUGGCAUUUUAAAAGUUAAUACUUUAAUUACUCAGUCUCAGGCUCACACAGAGACCCUUAAUUUUAUAUCUCACCAGGGGGCUGUGGAAAGGUG